GAGGCGGCGGGAGCAGCGAGGCGGCGGGAGCAGCGAGGCGGCGGGAGCAGCGAGGCGGCGGGAGCAGCGAGGCGGCGGGAGCAGCGAGGCGGCGGGAGCCUGCGCGGAGCGAUGGCGGAGAAGAGUCCGGAGGUCGGGCCGGAGGCGGGUUGCCACGAUGGUGAACCCAUGGGGAAGAAGCGGCACCUAGUGCGUGAGGAGUUCGCUUCGGUCGCGAGCUGCGACGCCUCUGUGGCGUGGCGCUACCUGGAUGAGAACAACUGGGAGAUGCAAAGGGCGCUGAACGCCUACUUCGAGCGGCCGGAGGAGGAGGGCACCUUAAAACGGCGCCCGGAGUCCGAGCCCGGGUCCUGUGUUGAUCUAACCAAUGAGGAAACAACUGAUUCCAUUAGUUCUAAACCCAGCACAUCUGAAAAUCCUCAGCAAGAAGAUGGCAGCAUGUUCUCUUUAAUUACCUGGAAUAUUGAUGGAUUGGAUCUAAACAAUCUGCGAGAGAGGGCUCAAGCAGUGUGUUCUUAUUUAGCCUUGUACAGCCCAGAUGUGAUAUUUCUACAGGAAGUUAUUCCCCCAUAUUAUAGCUACUUAAAGAAGAGAGCAAGUAGUUAUGAGAUUAUUACAGGUCAUGAAGAAGGAUAUUUCACAGCUAUAAUGUUGAAGAAAUCGAGAGUGAAAUUUAAAAGCCAAGAGAUUAUUCUUUUCCCAAAUACGAAAAUGAUGAGAAACCUUUUGUGUGUUCAUGCGAGUGUGUUGGGAAAUGAACUUUGCCUUAUGACUUCACAUUUGGAGAGCACCAGAGGGCAUACUAAGGAACGAAUGAAUCAGUUAAAAAUGGUUUUAAAGAAAAUGCAAGAGGCUCCAGAGUCAGCUUCGGUUGUAUUUGCAGGAGAUACAAAUUUAAGGGAUCAAGAAGUUACCAAGUGUGGUGGUUUACCCAACAACAUUUUGGAUGUCUGGGAGUUUUUGGGCAAACCUAAGCAUUGCCAAUAUACAUGGGAUACACAAAUGAAUUCUAAUCUUGGAAUACCUGCUGUCUGUAAGCAUCGUUUUGAUAGAAUAUUUUUCAGAGCAGCAGCAGAAGGCAGCCACAUUAUUCCCCAAAGUUUGGAUCUCCUUGGGUUGGAAAAACUGGACUGCGGUAGAUUUCCUAGUGAUCACUGGGGUCUUCUUUGCAACUUAGACAUAAUACUGUGAAAUUUUUUUAAAAUAUGAGUUUUAAAUGUUUUGAGUAAUUUUGUUCUGGAUAUUUGCAAAUAUAAUUUUUACCUGUCUGGAAAGUUAGGUUUCAUAUGGAGCAAUUAAUAUACUGAAUCAUUGUAAGAGAAGAACAAAAUACUGUGAUUUUAUUUUGCGGACUGUGUCUUUAAAUUUAAGAUCUAAAUAUUAAUGUUUAUUUAAACUAAAGCAUAUCUAUGUUCAGAAUAUGAGGCUCUUAAUGAAAGGGCACAAAGGCUGUCAGCUUUUAAUACUGCUCAAAACUGCCGUCUGGAUUGCAUUGUCUCUGGGUUAGCUUUUAUAUUUGAUUUAUUUUUAAAAUCAGUAACCAAAAUUAAUAUUUUUAAUAGGUCUUCAGAACAAAAAGUUAGAGGUUACUGAGUCUUUGGGACUGGAUCUUUAGAUAUAUUUCACAAAUUCAGGUAAUCUUAAAUGAAAAAGCCAUGAUCAUCUCCAUUUAAGAAGAUGACAAGUAUCUUAUGUCAAGCUUUAUUUUUGUCAACUAACAGUACAAUUGUAAGCUGUAAAUGAACUCAUGAUUUAAAAUUCCUUAACUUUAAAAAUUUAUGUUGACAGUUAUAUCACCAAUAGAGGCAAAAUUAGGCUUGAUAAUGAUUAAAGUCAGUUUUAUAGUGGCAUUGGACUUUUUUUUCCUGAGUAAAUGAAUGUGAAGAGAAAUAGCCUUUUAGUUUUACUACUCUAAAACUGAAUUAUUUUACAAGAGGUAAGGAGCACUUUUAAAUGUGCUUUAAGGAAACACUGUCUUCCUAUAAGAGAAAGGUACUUUAAAGAAUUUUACUUGUUUAUAGUUUUAGUAUGUUUUUGUGCCCAUGAUAGGAUUGAAGUUUUAACCUCCUUCCUGUUUGUAGCUCCACUGCUACUUCACCUUUAUAUGGAAGAAAAUAGCUUUCUCACCUUGCCAAGAAUUACCAAGAAUAUGUUGAUUUCCUCAGUAUAUAAAAAGGAAAGCCAGUGAGAAUAAUUAGAAUGAGAAGGAGCAGGACCUUAUUUCCAGCUGUGUAUCAAAAUGAACUAAAACAACUGAAAAAAAGACAAGCUAAACUUAUGCAUAAUAUUCCCUUUGUAGUGACAAUGGAAAGAAGUUUUAUAUGUUAAUCAUAAUUUUAAUCAUUAAAAAUAAAAUGAGAAUGCUAAUUUUUUAGCAUACAUUAUGGAGGCAAUAGUUCAUUUUUGUGAGAAAGGAUGUUUUUGGCGUAAGUUACUCAUUUGGAAGAAUAAGUUAAAAGAAUCCCACCUCAUCACAUUGUAAAAGAAUAUCUGGAUGAGUGAAAGGCUUAAUACAAAAAAUAAAAUAUGUAGUAGUGUGUAUUAGAUUAAAUAAAGAAUUAUCAAAGUGUUUUAAAACUGAAGGGAUAUCAUUUCCUUUAUAUGAUGCAGAGCAUCCAUGUGAAAUACUUUCCCAUUUACUUACACAAUUGUCCUCCCUUAUCCACAAGGGAUACAUUCCAAGACCCCCAGUGGAUGCCUGAAACCACCCAUAGUACCAAACCGUAUAUAUACUGUUUUUCCCCUAUAUAUAUACAUAACUGUAAUCAAGUUUAAUUUGUAAAUUAGGCACAGAAGGAGAUUAAAAACAAUAAAAUAGAACAAUUAUAACUAUACUGUAAUAAAAGUUAAGUGAAUGGGGUCUCUUUCAAAAUAACUUAUUGUACUGUACUCACCUUUUCACUUAAAGGAAGCACUUUACAGCUCCUCUGGCAUAUCUGAAUUGCCAGCAUCACUACUUGCACUUCAGGGCCA